GGGCUCCGCCCCUCAACACUGUCGCAAACGUUCAGAAGCACGACAUUUUCUAUAACAACUGUCAAUGGUUUACGGCACAUGCCCUCGUUGUGCUUGAGGUAGAGCGAGGUGGACGUUAUGAGAGCUUGGCGACUCUUUCCUUAGCAAGUAACUGCUGCUGUCAUUCAGGUUGCCUUGAGGAUGGAUCCAGUGGUACUGAGCUACCAGGACAGUCUCCUGCGGCGCUCAGACGUGGCACUUUUAAACGGACCCCACUGGCUCAACGAUCAGGUCAUAGGUUUCGCCUUUGAGUACUUUGCAACAGAGCGCUUCAAAAAUUUGGGCGAGAAUGUCUGUUUCAUCAGCCCUGAAGUCGCUCAGUUUAUAAAGUACGCCUCAUGUCAAGAGGAGCUUGCCAUUUUCCUGGAGCCGCUGAGUUUUGCGUCUCGUCGGUGGGUUUUUUUGGCUGUCAAUGACAACUCUAAUCAAUCAGCCGGUGGCUCUCAUUGGAGCCUGCUUCUCUAUCGGCGAGACACCAGCCAGUUCUCCCACUACGACUCCCAGAGUGGAAGCAACUCAUUGCAUGCUCGCCGUAUUGCAGCCAAGUUGGAGGCUUUUCUAGGCACUGGAGCGAAAGUGCCCUUUGUGGAGGAGCAAUGCCCCUCGCAGCAGAACAGCUAUGACUGUGGCAUGUAUGUGAUCUGUAAUGCCGAGGCUCUAUGUGAGAGUGCUAGAGUCGAGGGCUGUCCCCACCUGCCUGCUCAGAUCAUAACACCCACCUACAUUACACGGAAACGGACAGAAUGGUAUUCACUAAUACAGAGACUCGCCAAAGAAUGACUAGCUGACCUUUUAUUACAUCAUGCAACAGCACCGUCAUGUUCGCAUGAGCUGUAUUAGCCAAUGGGCAAAGUGAACACACUUAUUUAUCGUACUCAAUCCUGCACAAAGAAACAGCAUGCACUUCUCAAAAAUUAUUUGCCAAACUCUGAAAUGAAUAGUUCACACAAAAAAAAUGAAAAUCCCAGCAUCAUAUUUACUCACCUUGCUCCAAACCCAAAAUGAGAAGUGAGAUGCAGAGUGAAUUUGGACUGUUCUGUCAAUCUCCAAUCAUUUAAAAAAAGCACCAUAAGAGGGAUAGUUCACCCAAAGAUUAACAUUUGCUGAAAAUUUACUCAGCCUUAGGCCAGCAGAUGAAUUUGUGUCUUCAUUGGAACUGAUUAAAAAAAAUAAUAAAAUAGCAUUACAUCACUUGAUCACCAGUGGAUCCUCUGCAGUGAAUGGGUGCCGUCAGAAUGAGAGACCAAACAGCUGAUAAAACAUCACAAGUAAUCCACACCACUCCAGUCCAUCAAUUAAUGUCUUGUGACUUAAAAAGCAGCAUGUUUGUAAGGACAUUUUGUGGUUUUCUGAUCAGUUUGAUGUAAGUGAUAUUCAUACUGUCCUGACAAAAUGACAAUAAAAAAGAUUAGAGAUAAAAGGCUCUGUGUUUAUAAGAAACAAAUCCCUCAUUAAGGCUUUUCAACUUUAAGCCUUUGGUUCUGGUCAAAAUACCAGUCCAUAAUCAAUAAUACCACUCCCUCCAGUGAAAAAGCCCAUCCCUUGUUGUCCUCUCACAUCACAAUCCACUGACGUAUUUGUUUAGAACUGUUUUUGGACUUUCAGAUGAGACAUUGGAGAAAGCAACACUAUGCAUAGAGGACUUGUAUUUUAAUUUCUUACAAACUCUGAGCUUUUCGCUUCACAAGACCUUAAUUGAUGGUUUGGAGUCAUGUGAAUUAUUUGUAGAUUAUUGUGAUGUUUUUAUCAGCUGUUUGGUCUCUCAUUCUGACGGCACCCAUUCACUGCAGAGGAUCCAUUGGUGAGCAAGUGACGCAAUGCUAAAUGUCUCCAAAUCUGUUCCAAUGAAGAAACAAACGCAUCUACAUCUUGGAUGGCUUAGGGUGAGUAAAUUUUCAGAAAAUUAAAAUUUUUGUGUAAACUAUUCCUUUGAAGUGUCAAAAAAGUAGUGAAUCAUGUACUAUAUUCAUAUUUUUCUAAAGUCAGCAAUUUCCCUCCACUAGCUCAUAAAAUCAAAUAUUUAUUGGUAUGUAUUUAUAUAUGGCAUGUGAAAAUGCAUGCCAGAUUUGAUGUCAUUGUUGCCAAACAUGAUUGAUUAUUGUGUUCGUCAUAACCAAUGGUUAUGAAGGGAAGAUUUAAAUCUUCUGUUCCUUACAGAGAUCUAUCAAAUAAUGUAUUGCACAAGUAAUAUAAGUAGAAUAUGUUGCACAAGUCGUAUAAAGUAAAUCUACAACGCUUGCAUAAAUUUCUUGUUCAUAUUAACUUGACAGCCUCAGUUCUCAUUCACUUGCAUUGUAUGAAAAUUAGCUGUGUCAACAUUCGGGAAAACAUCUUCCAUUAAGGAAAUAAAAUUCACAAGGGUGAGUAAAUGAUGAUGACCGAUUGUUUCAUUUUUGGAUGUGCUAUUUCUUUUACAAAUACAUCUAUGAUCUUUCAUCUAUUCACAAGAGAGAAGAGACUUGUGAUCAGUGCAACAAAUCAGUUAGCAGCACAUGUUGGUUAAGUAGAUUCAGAAUGUAUUAUUGCUGAUUAGUUUAGAUUAGUAGCAUGAAUUGAGUAACUGAAUGUGAUGCUUGUUUACAGGACCUUUUGCUCAGGGCUUAUUUUGAGUAGAGUACAGAUGACAAAGAAUGUGAUUGUGUAAUUGCUGUCUAAGCUAAGGAAAUGUAGUAUGUGCUUUUACCACACAGGGGCUGAACAAAAAUACAGUAGAGUAGUUUUUAUUUAACCAAAUGCAUCCUCUGACUGAGCUGAAAAGACGCUUUGUAACCUCACACCAGCAAAAGCAUGAUUGUGUGAAAGUAUAUUCUUCAGCUGUGUAUACCAGUUUUCUUACAACUGAAUGAAGCAGAUAUUAAUAUUAAUAAUGAGCUCAUUAUAUAUCAACCCAAUUUAAAAAAAAAAAAAAACUGCAUGCAGGGAUCUCGCAUUGAUUGCCAUGCAGUUCACUUUACUAUACAAGUAAUAUUGAUCUCAAUUAAACCAUCAUGUGUUUGUCCUCACAACUCCUAGCAGAACUUUUUACAUUUUCUGUUUUCUAUCAUGUGUUUUAUUAAUAAUGUAAUUGUGUUGUUUCAUUGGUCUUUUUUCAUUUGUGAAUUGUAUAUUUGCAUAAAAGACCAGACUGUG